AAAUCAAACACAAUGACUUUUAGCAGCUGGAUGAACCUUUGCUAACAGACUAUUGACAGUGCAAAAGGUGUUUACUGAAAAAAAGAGAAAAUUGAAUUUAUCAACUAAAACAAUGUCUGGCCUAGGGGGUUUAAUUACAGAUUUAAUUGAAGACGUGGCACUUUCACCUGCAGAGCCACAAAUAGCAGGAAGUAAAAAGCCAGAAGAGAUCAAAAGCAUAAAGGAAACACGGGGAGUUACAGAUGAACAAGAAGAAGAAGAAGAAGAAGAGGAUGAGGAUGACACAAAAGAGGAAGAGGAAUUGACAAGCUCAGCUCAUCUGGAGCCGAGCACUCUGCCAUGGCCUGGCGAUAAAGACCAGAGGCCUGAGAUGCAAAAUGAAGAUGGAGUCUGGUCAGAAAAAGGAGGGAGCCAGGACCUGUCGGAGGAGCAGAGCCAAGCCGAGAGUGACACAAAGAGCAAGUGGAGGGAGAGCAUGCCUGAGGGCGAGAGGUGGAGGGACGAUGAGAUGGAGGUGCAGCGUGACGAUAGAGGUGAUGGCUCACUGGCAGACGAUGAAGAGGAGGAGGAGGAAGAGGAGGAAAAAGAAAACGGAGGAGAGUCGAACUGGAUCCCAGAGAAAGCUUUUCUGAGUUUUUCUCCACAUGUCACAAUCGUGCGUCCGUCCAGCAAAGAACUUCGUGAGGAGAGCCAGGUGUUCAUAGAGAAGGAGCCGCAGACGGAGCCCGACUUAGCACCUCGGGAUUAUCAAGAGAGGACUACACAGGACGACAAGUACUAUUUGUGCGAGAAUCCGUGCAGUGAAAAACUAAAGCUGGCUCUGGCGACGGCGGCCGGAGGGCUUCUCUUCCCUCUCCUGGUGUGGGCAGGUUACGCCCUCCUCCCCUUUGACGCACCGCUGCUGAAGAGCACCCCCCUUAGGGUGGUUUACUCCCUACACUGCUCCUUCUUUGCCACUAUCCCCAUCCUGCUCGGUGUGUUGGUGCAGGGCGUGGCCCGGCUGCGCUACAGCGUCCUGAAGCCCCUCUAUCAGAGUAAACUGGUGAACAGAGAGGUGGUGGUGCACUGGCACUAUGUCAACGAAUCGCUGGUCCUCUUUCUAUUCUACUUCCUGCAGCUCGCUGUCAUGGCAACCUACAUCAGCCAGGACCUGGUCAAACUAGUGCCGCUGCUCACCAUCAUAUUUGUAUUUGGCAGGCUGAUCUAUUGGCUCUUCCUCUCUCUGGGUAGCAGCAUCAGGGGCCUCGGCUUCGGCUUCUCCUUCUUCCCCAUACUGGUCAUGCUGGGCGCCAACCUGUACUACGUCUGCUCGUCAGUCGGACAAGGGGCGAUUUUUGACGUGGAACCUCCCACGACAGCUCCUCCUCCCAGGCUGCUCUGGUGGGGUUAAAGGCAGACCUACAAAAAGGUGAAGAGGAGUUGAGAGACAAACAACUCUACCACCUUUUUUAUACGACCCAACUUGGCUCAUUGCUUUGGUGUCCUAUAAAGUUGUAAUCCUUCACAUUUAAGUUCUGGUUGAUUUGGCAACGCCUGUGAUUACAUGGGUAACAGCAAGUAUGGUUUAAUAAAACAACAUACUCUCCCUUGAGGAGCUGUUUUUAUAAGCAAAUUAAUGAUGAUCCAAUCAAAAAUAGUCCCAAAAGGGACAGUUUUUGAUAAGCGAGGACAAUCAUAUUGCAUUUUUUUGUGGCUGCGUCAAAAUAAAAGCCAUUAUGUAAUUCACCAGUUGAAUCAGCAGUUGGAAAUGUUCUGUUUGCAUCAGCAGGAACAACAGUGAGGCUGUUAUCAAUGAGAUGAAACUGUAUGCAUUGUUUCCUGUUUACUCAUGGUGUUUUUUAUGAAAGCAAUCAGGAUUUUCAGGACUUCACCACUACCAUUACAAACAUGUGUAGCAUAAAUAAUGAUGAAUAAUGAAAAUCUCAAGGAUUAUGACUUUGUGUUUUUAUAAUUUCUUUGGCCUUUGUUCACAAAGAAAUAAAGGACAUGAAGCAGAAUGUGGGUAAAUUUGUAGCUUGAAUGUGAGAGAGAUAGAAAAAUGAAGAAAUCCAGUAGUAAGCUAUUAUGUGCAUGUAAAUAAAAAAGAGAGAUGUAAUCUAAAGAAGUAUUAUGUGUAAAGUGUGUGUUUACUAAUUAAUCUGCCGUCUUUAAACAAUCUAAUAAAACAGCUAAUAAAAUCCGGUUUUUGUAGUGAAGAGUUUUGGUUUUAGGCCUCCAGUGUUUGGAUGUGAUGGAGCAAAGUGAAGUAAAAAUAAUUAGAAAUGAAAACUGAACACUUUCAGAAGCACAUAAUUAAGUAAGAAAUCAAAAGUAAAUAUUUAAGAGCAAUAUAAGAUUGGUUUUAUAUGAGAUUGAAUUAUUAGGUUGUUUAAUGACUUUUGCUAUAUUUUGUCACAACUGGCACUAAUGGUAAUCUUUAAAUGUUAUAUUUAUAAGCAAGACUAUUAAAUGCAUCUUUGCUUUAUUGAUAA